CAAGGCACUAUAUACAAAUAAAGCAAUGAAUUUACAUAUAAAUAACUGAAUUUUGUAUUCAUCUGCAAUCAGUUUACCUCAAUCAACCUCAAAAUGAAGGCAUUUCUGCUCCUACUUACCGUUGCUACAUCUUGCUCGGGAACUGUAUUUAACAUAAGUGGCGAAGCUGUACUUAAAUAUGUCGACGAUGCCAAAUAUUUAGUUUAUGAAACUAAUGACGGAUUUUACGAAGUCGAAGAUCUUUCCGCACCUGAUUCAGAACUUUCCGUACUUUCCGCAAUUGAAUCAGAUAUAACGUUCCAUUUCUUCUCACAAUCGAAUCACAAUGGUGUGCAAAUCAAGAAAAGUCAGCUACGUAACAUUGUCCGGCUUACAGGAUUUAAUGUAAGCAUUGAAACUCUGGUUGUCAUUCACGGGUGGAAAAACGAUCACACAUCAGCUGUCAAUGAUCAAAUCAAAAACGCAGUUUUGCAAAACAACAAUAUCAAUGUUAUUGUAGUUGAUUGGAAUCCAAUUGCGAGGCAGAAAUACAUUAGAGCUCGACGUGCCGUUGUAAGAGUCGGAAACUACAUAGGAAACUUUUUGAUCAGAUUGGAUAACGAACUUCAACACAGAUUGAAGAAAGUAUCCAUCGUUGGACAUUCCCUGGGAGCUCACGUUGCUGGAAAUGCUGGAGCUAGAACUGGUGGUUUAGUAGAAAACAUUAUUGGACUGGAUCCUGCAGGACCCCUUUUUACUAGAAGAAAUAUAAAUAAUCGUUUAGACCCUACCGAUGCCCGUUACGUUCAAGUCAUCCACACCAAUGACGGGCGUUUAGGAUUUGGAGUUAAAUCGGGACACGUUGAUUAUUAUCCUAAUGGCGGUAGAUCUCAACCGGGAUGUGGCACGGACUUACUUGGAAGAUGUGCGCACAGAAGAGCAUACAAUUACUACGCAGAAAGCAUAAACAAUAACAAAUUCAUGUCUCGAUUGUGCUCAAAAUACUCCUCCUUUACCUCUAACAGAUGCAAUUCCAACAGAGCAAGUCUUAUGGGAGGUUUUCCAAUUUCCAGAUCGGUUAAUGGAAACUACUACCUUCGUACAAACUCCAAGUCCCUAUUUGCUAGAGGUUUUUCGUGCACAGUUUGCAGGAUGAGGUACAUCAUUGUCAGCGUAGUCCUUGUUGCCCUGGCAUCUUCUAUUCCUUUAGAAGAUGCCUCACUUGGAGCCGCCAAAGAAAAUGAUGUGCUUUUCUACUUCUACAGCAGAACUCAUCCAGAUGGUCUUCACGUGACCAGCAAAGAAGUCAACGACACCACACACAUUAGAACCGUUUUCAACUCAUCGCACCCUACUGUGGUCCUUAUCCACGGAUGGAAAGAUGGAUACGGAUCGGAUUCCAAUACGUUCAUCAGAGAGGCAAUAUUAUCCACCACCGAUGCAAACAUCAUCAAAGUCGAUUGGAGUGUAAAUGCAGGAAAAUUAUACGUGGUUGCGAAGAAUGCUGUACCAAGCGUCGGAAAAUGGACCGGAGAAUUUUUAGAUGAUCUUACAAACGAAUUCCAAUAUCCCUACGACAAUAUUACCAUCGUUGGGUUUUCUCUCGGAGCUCACGUAGCAGGGAACGUAGGAAAGUACUUUAACGGAGAACUUCCCCUAAUUGUUGGGUUAGACCCUGCCGGACCUUUAAUUAGCGCUAAAGACACGUCUUUUUGUUUAAACACCGCUGAUGCUAAGUACGUUCAGGUUAUUCAUACCGAUGCAGGUUCUGCAGGUAUGGCUGAUGUUCUGGGUCACAGCGAUUUCUUCCCCAACGAUGGCAAGUCCCAACCUGGAUGCAGCGGCCUCGGUUGCAGUCAUAACAGAGCGUGGGCUUUAUAUGCCGAAUCCAUAAAAGAUAAUAAAUUUGUAGCCCAACAGUGCAGCAGCUAUACCAAUUACGUAGAUCACGAUUGUGAUGGCAGUCACACCUUCAUGGGAGGUAUAAAGAUCGAUACAACUGUUACAGGUGUGUACUACCUAACUACCAACUCAGAAGAACCAUUUGGUCGAGGAGAAGAGUAAAUGUCGAUUAAAAAUUGAUUAGUGCAUAAACAACAUCACUUUUUGAUAUAGCUUUGUCAAAAGUAAAGAAAAAUCUGCUAAUUAUUGUUUUAUUUAUUAUUAUAUUAUGUUUAGUUGUAUGAUCAUGUUCCUUAAUUAAAUAAAUCUAUCGUUGGUCACUCUA